AUGCUGGCUCUUUUGCAUCUCGCAGUCUACCUCCUCACCUACCUGUCCGCUCCCGCAAACGCAACGCACGUCAAUUGCACAUGGGCGGGACCCGGCCCCAACGGCCCUCGAUCGUACGGCUAUACGACCUUCUGCCAAGCAGACGUCCACUUCACCGACGAUCUCCACGCCGAAUUCCGCUGCAAGAUCGCCCUGGGCACAGCCAAAGUUGCCGACUGGGGCUAUCUGCGCAAAAACGUCUUGGAGGUGGCGACUCCAUGCAAUGGCGGAGGAUACGGCAACAAGAACGACUGCUCGUACGCCAGCUGGGGGCUAUGCCUGCGAGAUGAGGCCGGGUCAGCCAUGAGCUCGACGGACUGCUUGUUCUUCGGACGUUUUGACGAUUGUGAAUGGCCAGGCGAGUUUCUCAAGGCAUCGCUGCCUCGGAAAGUGACCAUCUGGUCAUCAGUUUUCGACACUCUGGUCCUCAGCACACCGCUGGAUCUCCCUCGCCAUGCCACCGUCACAACUACCUCGGCACCUCCCGACACCUUCUACAUUGUCCGGUCGGGCAAUGGGGCGAAGCUACCAGGAUGCUCAGCACCGUCUCAGGACUUCACAAGGCAAGCGUUGACCCUGAACAUAGCAUGGCAUCCACCACCUCAUCACCACACCAAGAAGGCAGGGCAGCAGGACAAGCCAGAGGCGGGGCAGCAUCACGGGCAGGAGGCGGGAAGGGAGGCGGGGCAUGAGGUGGGAGAAGAAGAGGAGGGUGACACAAGCAAGACCAAGCCCUCCGUCAAGACAUCCAGAUUCACCGGUAGGACCGACAUCCUCGGUCGCUACAGAUUGGCCGUCCAAUCAGCGCCAAGGAACGUGUGGGGCAACUUCGUGGCAACUGAGCGCCGUUACCGCAAGAACUGGCUGGCGGUCACGGCAGACUACACUCAAUGGAGGCAGCACUACGGGCUUCACAUCUUUGCAUCCGUAGUUGGGGGCAACUCGACCCCGUGCUUCGACGCACCCUUCCCGUACAAGCCAGACGCAGGGGGGCGGGGCGUCAAAGACCCUCUAAUCCUAGGUCAACACCGUCGCAUUCGUCGCGCAAAAGAGGGAUUGCAGGUGGCAAUCGGCACCAACAACGUGGGCAAGUACCUGCUGAACCUCAGCCUCCUCCGAGCAGCAGAGCACGGCUAUAUGUGUGCCUGGGCUAUGCGCAUCCACGGCGAUGGGGUUCUCUGCUCCCUCGGCGAGGAAAAGGAUGGGUCGGCCCACCUCUUUUUACCAUACGAUGCGCAACUCGACAGCGCCGCUGUUCAGGGGAUUCACGCCCACUGCCAGCACACACGUCAACUCCGCAUGAUCCUUGUCAAGGGCGAGGGGAAUACAGUCAAAUCUCCCUUGAUCUUCCAGAUUUCCCUCUUGGACAAGCUGGAGCUCAAGUCAUCUGCGAAGACGGAACUCAGGCGACCCGCCCCACCCAUUUGGUCCACAUUUGAUGAGGUGGAGAGGUGGGCCUUCGAUGGCGUGAUCUUGAUGUCAGGAUCAGGUUCUCUCUACUGGGGCGACACCAUUGCGCUGGUCAUCUCUUCCUACGCUGCAGCCAAAGCCACUCGAGAAAAGUGGCGCAGUGCCAUAGGAAUGGAGGCUCGUGCACCGUCGUACCACCGCGACCACUUCUUUUCGGUCGCCGUCGCCUUCUACUUCACGUACGCUGGCGACAAACCUGCCAUUUCCCUUGGUGGUAAAUUCGUCAAGGCAAGGUCAAAUUGGGGAAUGCGAUGGUGUGACGCACGCAGUGGGACAUGGAACAACGUGGACUUUUCACUCGUCGGAUCUUGGGUGCGCACCCCGCUGCAUGGGAUGGUGGUAGUGGGCAAUACCCUCGAGACUGUGCACUGCAAGCUUGGGCUGGGGGACGGAGUUGCAUCAACACCCCCCGACUUCCGCGUCCGCAAAACACCUUUAAGGGCUGCGAAAGGCCUGAAGGAGGAGACCGACGGGUCAGCCUACUGCAGCGGCCGAGCCCAGAUCACGUACUACUGGAAACGUAAGCAGCGCUACAUUGAAAUGGGAUUCCUUCAUGAGGAAGUCACAAAGCUGUUCGGCGCACCAUGGCCGUCCCCUUACAACAAUCGCCAGAUUGAGCUGCGCAUUCUAGGCCGUGGGGUGACGACCCCGGCUGAUCUUGGCAUGCAAGUGAGGGUGGUGGACGGGGCUUGGCAUGACAAGGAGGGCUUUGUGCCCGGUUCGGCCCUACACUGGGCCAUUUGGGAGAUGAGGCCAAGCUCGGCGGUGCGAAUGCAGUCACGGUUAGGACGACACCCUCGCUACUUCGCGCACAAGUCAGGCAUAUCCGACCAGUCGGCGGGGCUACCAAGCUGA